CUGAUGACUGUGCGCGAGUGAAGGUGCGUGCGCAUCACGCAUCUCACAUUAAUAUAGUCGAUUCUCAUGUUUAAUUGUGCAAGUCAGCACAGACGUUUUUUUAUUUGUUGUUAUUGUUUUUGUGGAUCAUAAAACAGUUGUAGAUGGAUCUACUGACCUCCAUGUUAUUGCAGAUUAAUUGACAUGAUGCCUAUUCAUUGCCCACGUUUCUCCUGUUAUAUAACAUCUUUAGUGCUGGGAGCUAAUGGUAGGACAGGGAUUGAGAUUGUGAAGCAAGGUCUAGACCGCAAUUACAGGGUGACCGCCUUUGUCAGGGACGACAAGGUGCUCCUCGAAGAUAGCAGCCUUCGCAAGAAUCAGAAUCUUCUUAUCGUCCGAGGUUCUCCAACGUGUCAAGCAGAUGUUGACCGUUGUGUCGAAGGCCAAGAUGCUGUCAUUAAUGUGAUUGGAGCACGGCUCAUGUCAAACGACACGACCAUCAGCUCUCAUUCACAAGUUGUAUUGAACAAUGCUAUGAAGAAACAUGGCGUGAAACGAUUGAUUGUUGUGACAUCUUAUGGAUGCCUUGGGCUCCGGAACUACUUGAUCAGCACCAAGAAGUUGUUUUCUCGUAUGUUCAUGACUGGCAUCUUGAAGGAUAAGGUCCUUCAAGAGGAUAUUAUUCAGCGCGACACCACGUUUCUCGACUGGACUAUUGUUCGUCCUAUCACUCUAAAGGAUGGAGAGCUCUCUGAGAGAUAUUGGGUCAGCUCUGAUGAACUUCCUAGUACAAGCAAAGUCAAGGUCCUCACCCGGCGCGACCUUGCUCAUUAUCUAUUAUCAAUCAUCAAUUCGCCCGGCGAGCAUCAUGCGAUUCGUAGUAUCGCUGGUAAACCCAGAAGUGAAAUAGUGAAGCAGCAGAGCAAUAUGACAGAGAAAAAACGGGAAGUGAUGUGGACGACAGAGCCAGCAAGGCAGCAACAACAGCAGCAGCAAAAGGAACAAGGAGAGUUGGAGAGGAAGCAGAUCCUGCUGCAGGCACAGCAGCCACCACAUAUGAAAGUUGUAGCAUAGAACCAUAUCCCUCCAGCCAUAGCGCACCUGUCUACAAGGCCGAAUUUGACAUAGUUGUCAAACAAGCUUUCCGCAUAUUUAAAUAGCCCUCUAUAAAUCUAAUACAGUAGACAUGGGCGACACAUGGUGAAAACAAGAAUAGUAUAAACUUUUGUUGAUAGUGGCUCUAUCCGUCUAUGCUAUGGAAAUAGUAAAAUGAAGUGCAUAAGCUAAAGGUUGGAGGGAGUCCAUGUAUGCUAUGAGCCAGAGUUGUGCCUUGGAGGUGUCCGAUACAGACUUUACCUCAAGUGGCUGUGCCACCGCAUGUCCUAUCCUUUCC